UCCGCCCAUGUCCCACGUCACCGUUAAACUAUCGCGAUAUUUUCCGUUUAACACUCUAAGAUCUCGCGAUAUUUUAAGAGCGAGGGCCUCUCUAAGACGGUGUGCUUCAUGGCGGUUACGGAGACUGCGAAUUUGUUGAAUUGUUAAAGCUUCCCCAUCAGUCCUCUUCCCCUUGGGGGUUUUCCUGCCUCAGUCUGGUGGACCCAGCCAUUAGCGGGUUGCGUAGGGAGGUGAAGCUCUGACAAUGGAGAAUGGACAGGGCACAGGCUCCAAGCUGGGCCUGCCGCCCCUCACCCCAGAGCAGCAGGAGGCACUUCAGAGGGCAAAGAAGUAUGCCAUGGAACAAAGCAUUAAGAGUGUGUUGGUGAAACAAACUAUUGCUCAUCAGCAGCAACAGCUCACCAACCUGCAGAUGGCAGCAGUGACAAUGGGCUUUGGAGAUCCCCUCUCACCGUUACAAUCGGUGGCAGCUCAGCGGCAGCGAGCCCUGGCCAUCAUGUGUCGGGUGUAUGUGGGCUCCAUAUACUAUGAGCUUGGUGAGGACACCAUCAGACAGGCCUUUGCCCCUUUUGGCCCAAUCAAGAGCAUUGACAUGUCUUGGGAUUCUGUUACAAUGAAACACAAGGGGUUCGCCUUUGUGGAGUAUGAUGUGCCCGAGGCUGCUCAGCUGGCUCUGGAGCAGAUGAACUCAGUCAUGCUGGGGGGGCGAAACAUUAAGGUUGGGCGGCCAAGUAACAUCGGUCAGGCGCAACCCAUCAUUGACCAACUGGCAGAGGAGGCGCGCGCCUUUAAUCGGAUCUACGUGGCAUCAGUCCACCCCGACCUCUCAGACGAUGACAUCAAGAGUGUGUUUGAGGCCUUCGGAAGGAUCAAGUCUUGCACGUUAGCCAGAGACCCCACCACAGGGCGACACCGAGGCUUUGGCUUCAUCGAGUAUGAAAAGCCUCAGUCAGCCCUGGACGCUGUUUCUUCUAUGAACCUCUUUGACCUGGGGGGUCAGUACCUACGGGUGGGCAAAGCAGUGACCCCGCCCAUGCCCCUACUGACCCCCACGACCCCCGGUGGUCUGCCGCCUGCUGCAGCAGUGGCUGCAGCGGCAGCCACCGCUAAGAUAACGGCCCAGGCAAGUAUGAAUCCCUUCCAAAGGGAUUUAAUGGCCUUCCAGGAGGCUGUAGCCGGUGCUUCAGUCCUGGGGGCGUUAGCCGCGCCCCAGCUUCUAAGUCAGCAAAUGGGAAUACCUCAGGCUGUUAUGGCUGCCCAGGCACCAGGGGUCAUCACAGGUGUGACGCCAGUGCGUCCUCCCAUACCAGUGCUCCCCCAGGUUGGUCUUGUGAACCCUGUGCUCGCGUCGCCUCCAGUCCUGUCUAAUCACGCUGGCAGCGCCAACCAACUAGAGAGGAAGGAGGAGAAGGAGGAAUCGCUGCAGGAUGGAACAGGCCAGGAGAUGCUGAGCGACCAAGAACACAUGAGCAUCUCGGGCAGCAGUGCCAGACACAUGGUGAUGCAGAAACUGCUCAGAAAAUCAGAGUCCACGGUCAUGGUGCUUAGAAAUAUGGUUGGCCCAGAGGACAUUGACGACGAUCUGGAGGGGGAGGUGACGGAAGAGUGUGGGAAGUUUGGCGCCGUCAACAGAGUCAUCAUAUACCAAGAAAAGCAAGGAGAAGAAGAGGAUGCAGAUGUCAUUGUCAAAAUUUUUGUAGAGUUUUCAAUGGCCUCAGAGAUGAACAAAGCCAUCCAGGCCCUCAACGACCGCUGGUUUGGAGGUCGCAAAGUAGUCGCAGAGGUGUAUGACCAAGAUCGCUUCAACAGCAGUGACCUCUCCGCUUAAAGUGUCUGAAAUGGUUUACCAGCGUCCAUGUCACCAAACUCAUUUCAGCCACAGUCUCUAGCUAGAGAAACGAGCCUCUGAAAUCUGUAAUUAUGUUUAUUUCUUUUUUUAAAUUGCUGUUGAUAUUAAUGUCAAAACGCCCCAUUUGAGGGUAUUGGUUAGAAAUAUUUUCCUGUCAGAUUUUUGCUUUAUCUGUGAAGACAUUUUUUUUUUCUUUUUUUGUGUUGGUGCAAGUUUGACUUUUGUAAUCUAAUCUUGUGGUACAUUUACAUUUUCCUGCUUUAACACCUUUUUAUCCUUUUAAUGAAGUUGCCCGGGGCAUGUAAACACUUUCUUUCCUUUCCAAAAUUAAAGGUUCUUGUUUGUCCACAAACAGUGUGAUGCAUUUUUUUUUUUUUAUAAAUGGUUAUCAAUAAAAAAUCCUUGAAUUUC